AUGGCCGCCAAAUUUGUAUUAUUACUGACCUUCGUGACUGCCGUAGUUGGUGCCGAUAUUAAUUGUGACUGUAAUAGUGACGAUAACAAAGAGCUGUGGGAAUACCUAACUAAGAUCUCUCUAGACUUCGAUGACCUAACAGAAGAAGAAAAAGAAAUGUACUCUGUACUGCCGGGCUUCUUGUCACCGCUUUUCGAGUGUAAUUGUCUAAGUGACAGAAAGAAACGUUCAAUCACGCCAAAGGUGAGACCUUUGGAGAUCUUGUCUACGUCUCUUGACGCUGAGAAGAAAGAGAACUCAACACCCAAACCAACAAGAUUAGGCCAUAAGAUCCGGUACAGAACUCGAUCAUGCCCGGUCGGCUAUGUAAGAAUUGUGUAUUGGUGUGUCCCAGAGGAGAAGAUUGAAUAA